GUCCUGCGCAGGAUACGGACGCUCUUAUCCCGACGCUUGGCAUCCAGUCGUGAUAUGACUUGGUAGAUAUUCGGACUUGUGAACUUAGACGUCUUUCAAGUGGAAUUUAGUUAUUCGUGUUGCUGUAUCAAACUCUUCAUAUAAAGACAGUUACCAAUUCGAAUUAUCGGACUCUUCGUAACAAUUAAUAAACUUUUAUUCUAAUCUGAAGUGAUCCAGAAAUUGAUAUGGAUUAUUUUUUUCUUGAAAUCCAGACUAAGUAAAUGGACUACAACUGGACAGCACUCCCGACCAAAUAAUAAUAAAAGGAAUUGACAUGGGCGACUAUUCUUAAAGUGGGGACUUAUCAUCUGGAGGGGGAAAAGGACGACCAAUAACGCCGUAACUUAUGAUGUCAUCGGAGGAGGAGACAGAGUUCGGUUUGUACACAGAUAAACUCCUGAAGAAAUCCAAAAGAACUAGACAACGCGUGGACGCCGGCGAGCCUCGUAAUAGUUACUCUUCGAUCCCGAACUUCAGUUCGAGACCGAGCUUUUUGGGCGGCAGUAAUAAUUUAUACGGCGCGAUUUUUACUCAACAGCAACAUUUCGGUCUUUUUGGACCGGGGUUUGCACCCACUAAAAUGCUAAACGAGUUGUUAGGUAGACAGAAGGCGGAAAGUGGUGCGGACGGUGAAGAAGUGACGAAGUUCGACGCUGUGAUACGGUGCGACGGUAGUCCUCCCUCUGGAGAGCAAUUAGCGCAUCAUAUGCUUCGGGAUAUAUUGCAGGGGCGUAAACACGAGUUACUGGUAAAUCACGAGCACAUUCUUAAUAAUAACAAUAACGAAACGAAAGGCGACGCGGAGCGCGGCGACGUAGAAGCGGCUGUGGCUAUGCAAGAGUGUCUCGCGGAAGCCGGUGUUGGUGAACGACAACAGGUCGAUCUUAUGGAAGACGCACUUAACGGUAUGGAGACUGAUUCGUUACCAUCCCCGAAAGUUGAACCUCGCAGUCCCGCCAAACCCGAAGACGCAAAGAAGGCGCGUGUAGAGAAUAUCGUCUCAGGGAUGCGCUCAAGUCCAGCUCCACCUCAGGUAAACGGAUGUAAAAAGCGCAAGCUUUAUCAACCGCAACAACAUGAUAGCACCGCCGAUCGAUAUAUUGAUGACGAGGAAGAAGAAACGGAGCCGUUAAGGCAAAAGCAGGUGGAAAAGAACGCUCUUAAAACACAAUUAAGGACAAUGCAAGAGCAGUUAGCGGAAAUGCAGCAGAAAUACGUACAAUUGUGUACGCGUAUGGAACAAAGCAGCGAAGACAGUAGGGAAGUUGAGGAGAUACCUAGUGAUAGUGAACAAAGCAAACGAUCUCCCAUAGCUUCACCAGUUCGUUCGAUAGCGACGCCGAAUCAACCACAGCCAACCCUCUCCCAGCAAGUUAGUAAGCUUAAAAUAAGUCCUCCUGGCCCACCGUUUCACAACGGCCUCUUACACGAACACCAUCAUCUGAGCAACGCAGCUGCAAUGUACCUGGGGGUGAGUCAGAAGUUUUUACUAGAGCAAGAAGCGCGUAUGGCGAAGGAGGCGGCGGUCGCGGCCGCUGUCUCCGAAGCACAAAGUCAAGCCCAUCAUCAGCAUCAUCAACCACCAUCUAAAACCGAAAAUAUAACCGAAAGACUCAGUAUGAUUAAAAGUAACGUAACACCAACAGGAACUGAUCUUGAAGGCCUCGCCGAUGUUCUAAAAACUGAAAUAACAGCUUCAUUAUCUAACCUGAUCGACUCAAUUGUCACCCGAUUUGUGCAUCAAAGAAAAUUCAGAAGCAAUGAGGGCACAGCCGCCGCCGAGCAGUUAAAUAAGGAUUUGAUUAUGGCGUCACAACUUUUAGAUAGAAAAUCACCUAAACAGAAACCGAUCGAAAGGCCGCACGCACCGCCGCCUCCACCACCGAACAAUCCCAUGGUUAACGGUCACGGUAACUAUCAUCCUAUAAUGUCGACACAUCAUUUAAAUAAUCAUCAUAAAUCGUCAGAUCUUCCUGUACGGCCGCCGAUGUUUCAGCCGCCUAAGCCUCCGGGUAUUAACCAGGUGCCCCUGUACAGUAUGAAUCAUCCGUUUUGUGUGACAAAACAAGAAAGCGAGCAGAACGAAGCGCUCAGUUUAGUCGUCACACCUAAGAAGAAGCGGCACAAGGUGACAGACACAAGAAUAACGCCCAGGACAGUCAGCAGAAUCCUCGGCCAGGAUGGCAUGGGAAUGUCCCCGGCUUCUAUGGAACCCACACCGUGCACGUCACCCAGGCCACCCCCUUACCCUCAGCCACCCCCACCGAUGCUACCCGUCUCACUACCAACAUCCGUGGCCAUCCCCAACCCAGGCCUACACGAAUCUCAGGUUUUCUCGCCGUAUAGCCCGUUUUUUCAUGGGCCAAGCCACGGGCACCACAUGGCGAUGCAGACGCCCUCUUCACCUCCACGAAUGCACAAGAUGGAACGUGAAUCGCCACCAAUACACCACCCCCCGACCCUACUUCACCCCGCGCUACUAGCGGCAGCCCAGCAUGGUGGCUCACCCGACUACGGCCACAUCAGAGCGCCUUCCGGAGGUUUAAAUAUGGACAACGGUGAUAGGAAUUCGGAUUGCAACUCGGGCGGCGACAUAUCCUACGACGGCAUGCAGCCUACAAUAUCCUUUUUAUGCAGAAUUCCAGAAGUUUCCUUAACUUCAGAGCACUCGUCAACAUUGACACCUAUGCAUCUCAGGAAAGCAAAAUUAAUGUUCUUCUGGGUCCGGUAUCCGAGCUCAGCGGUUCUCAAAAUGUACUUCCCCGACAUCAAGUUCAACAAAAAUAAUACAGCGCAGCUGGUCAAGUGGUUCUCAAAUUUUCGGGAGUUCUACUACAUCCAAAUGGAAAAAUACGCAAGACAGGCAGUAUCGGAAGGGGUGAAAAACGCCGACGAUUUACACGUCAGUGGAGAUUCGGAAUUGUACAGGGUGCUUAAUUUGCACUACAACCGAAACAAUCACAUCGAGGUAUGGGGCUCUCAGGUUCCGUCGAGCUUUAGGUUUGUUGUGGAGCAAACGCUUCGCGAAUUUUUCAAAGCAAUCCAGGAAGGUCGCGAUGCCGAACAGUCGUGGAAGAAAUCAAUUUACAAAAUAAUUUCCAGGCUGGACGAUCCGGUUCCCGAAUAUUUUAAAUCUCCAAAUUUUUUAGAACAGCUCGAGUAAUAUGUUACCUCAGGGUAACGUACUGCUUUAUGGCGAGGGACGGUUCCUUCGCCAAAUCUCUAGCUGUAUUUCAACACCACAGGUUGCUAAUUAAUCGUGACGGCUACGUAAACGGCAGUUACGGUUAACCAACGAAUCGGUGACGUGUGCGUUAGUUAACCUUCCUAUAAACUGUCAACGCUUUAUUGUUUAGUAUUUUGGAACUAAAGAAUGAGUUUGAAGAUGUUGAAGAUUCUCUUACGUUUGAAGAAUUUGUGCGUCUUCGGGAACAUUCUGGACAUUGUUAUAUUUAAAAGAAAUGUGUUAAGUUGACAGUAAACAAAAACUAUUACGGUUAAUCUUGCCUCAGGCUAACGUUCGUCUUAACGAACAGUGAAACAUAAGAUUUAUAAUCAAUCAAUUAUCUCAGUGAUUACAGUUGAUCAUUGAAGUCAUUUUACCUGAUAGCAUUAUUAAGGUCAAGUCCUCAGUUCGUUUAUCCAGCAGUCGGCAAGUUACAUAUCUGCACACUUCGUUUACUUUUGGCAAAUUCCUUUCGUUCUUUAAGUCGCUGUAAACUGUACCGAAACGUUUUUAAACCAACCUCAGGCACUUGUAAAUAGUAACAAUGUAUAUAUUAUACUAUUUAUAAACUUUCUUAACCAAAGCUAUUAUUUUUGCUAGUCCACGACUUAAACGUAUCAAAACCUCGGUACGUUUUGGUUGUAAUUAAUCUUAUUCGAAUUUGACAAUAACUUGAAAAAAUUUAGGACAGUUUUGUCUUCCUAAGUUCUUUUGAUUUCGUUUACUGCCCCGUUUCUCGCUUAUAUUAAAUAUAAGUGAUGAAACGGCAUUAGUUUAUAGAAUGCCUGUGAAAUUUAUUAAAUUUCACGAGCAUUUGUUUUAAUUUUUGUUCAGUUAUAUUAAAUAGGUACGCGCCCUCACCCCUUUAAUUUAUUACGUGUACUAAUCGAUGCACAUUAAUUUUUUUGUAUAUAUUUAUUUUUAAUAUUAAGUUGUAAUUAAAUUGUGGACACCUCCUUUAGUUUUUUAAGUUGUACCUACGUUCAGAUUAAUCUUAUUUAUUUUAAAUAUGUCUAUUUGUGGGCUCCUGCCUGUUUAAUAUAAUUUUUUAAUUUAGGAAAUUUUAUUUCACUUAGCACCAAUUUUAGUUUAGACUGUACACGAUCUCGCAAACACUGUGUGAGGAAACUAGUCAAUAAAUUAAUUUGUUUGAUUUAUUUUUUUUUCUUUUCUUUUGUAGCUAGAUACAUGAUACAGUUUACAGGGCAAGCCGAUUAGUUUUAAACUGGCGAAAGCAAUUUACUCAAUGCACUUUUGUAUAUAAAUCCGCAAUGUAUUCCUUCUUGUCCCGUAAUACGGUAAAAAAAGACAGCAAAAGGUUCCAAGAUAGUUUGAUCCUUGCCUGAAUGUACAGAAAAUGUGAUUUUGCUGUUCCUAUAUUACGAAACUGCCGAAAUUCUAAAGACUGCCGUUCGUUUAUGAUUAUUUAGAUUGUUUUGAAAAGUUAAUGGGAUCAGUUUCGUUAACAAAAUUAAUCGUUUGGAAAUUUAUAAAGAAGAUUUGUUGAAGAUUUUGUUUUAGAAAUCUUGGGACCUAAAAGUUACGAAGAGUACCUUACAAAAAUACGUUCCGAAAAAAAUAUAUAAUUAUAUGUUAUAAAGUUAAUAAAUUUUAACGUUAUCGUUGUAACGUACUAUUGGCGUUGGCUUCCAAAAAUAGUAGCCGCUUCUUCAAAAACCAAUGCAGCGAUUCACGUUUACUUCUUGUAUAUAGUAUAUAACCCAAUGCAACAGUCAAAUUAGUUAUAGAAAUUGCACAUACUCGAUAAUUAAUUUGUAACAUAAAUAAUAGCGAAGUAGGCUGCACAGUACAAAAUUUAGAAGCCAACGUCAAGGGGCGAAGGGAACUUGAAGCGAAUACCCGAGUGCUUUAUUUUUGAAAUUUUUAAGCUUAGUGCAAAAAUCCUGCAGAUAUAACUUGACUAAGUGGAUUCAUUCUAAUAAUAAAUAAGAAGAAACUUCUCAAUGUUUCGCAAUAACAAAACGAAAUGGCGGGCGAAUAACACAAUACCAUCCAAUGCAAUCAGGUUACUUCUUAUGAAUUAUUAUAAUUGUCCCGAAAAGUUUGACAAAUAUGUAAGACCUCAAAAUUACUGUUGGAUUUGACAAUUCCUUAUUUUAUACUCAAAUCCAGUUAAUCAGACCUUUAUCGCACAAACAUUUGCAAGUGUAACUUGCCUCAUUCAAUGACUCAUUAAUCGCAAGAUGGCGACUCAACCAAAUGAAUUGUUAAAGACAAUUCGGACAGAUGAAUUCAGAAAAGGCCUGAGUAAGGUCACGGAGGAACUACAUUUCUUUCUGGAUGAGACUGUAAAGUAAUUUUUGAGGUCAAUCCAAGCAGUUCCCUCACAAGGGAUCCAUAGAAUAGUGAUCCUUCCUAGGUAGGAAUCCCCUCAAAUGCAUGCCCACUCCUUCGUCUUAUUUUACUGCAGUAAUUUAUGAUGUUUGGCGGUUUUAUGAAAAUUUUCUGUUCAAAUUUGUGUUCGGAAGCUUAAGUUUCAAUAUGCACACACAUUCAGGAAUAUAGUUGCUUAAUUUUCACGUGCCGCUGCAGGUGACAAUCAAGCAGAUUGUUUUGUUUUACAGAAAGAGAUGAAUAUCAUUAACAGGCUUCAAAAAAACACUGUUCGGAAAACGUUUAGGUCACCGGUUCAAAACAAAAAAAAUACUAAAAAUAUCACGAAAAAAGUACAAGCUUAUUUUAAGCACCUCUGCGCCUUAAUUAAAAUUUGAAGCAAAAUGAUAUGAGUGUGUAUAACCAAAAUCUGCCUUAUUCUAUUUUCUUAUGACGAAAAAUCUCCUACCGUUAUAGCGCGAUUAUUUGCUAGUAUAUAUAAAUAUAUCGUUCUUCAUCCAGAUACCGGCGAUUUUUAACCAUUUUUCAUUAAGGUUAUCAACUUAUCUAGUCCAAUAUGUAAUACAUAGCAUUUUGUGUGAGUUGUAGUAUACAUGUACAAUUGUUGGUAAAAAAAUCGGGUGUCUCCGUUCAAUUCGUAUUUAGUUACUCUUUUGGUUUACAAACUACGUUACGUUAACGUUAUUGUUACGUUGCAGUGUAGUUUACUAGGUGUUUAUAUACUCGGUUAAGGUAACCUGAUUUACACAUGAAACAUUCUUACAGUUAAUGAAAGGAACGAAACUUUUGCAAUUGUGUAUAAAAAUGUUGGAAUUUCAAAAUUUUAUCUGUAGACAAGCAAAAUUUAUAUAUCCAUGGAAACUUUGUAGGCGUGGCUCAAAUUAUAUCUUUAAUAAAUUAUUUUGAGAAUAUUUUUAUUGAGGCACUACGUUUAUGGCAAAGAUUUUUAGAUUUAAGCGUUGUUUAGGAUUUAGUGAAAAUCAAAAUUUAGCGCGUAUUUGAAUGUGAUAACCAUUAAUAAACUACAUAGAGACAACGUUAACAAGGAAAGUAAAGCAUGAUUAAUUUCGUCACACCAAAAUUUUCAUUUUGCGACAAAUUUUGUAUUAAAGAACGUUCUCAUUAUGAAAUAGUCCUUAAAGAGCCACACAAAAACUGAUGCAAUAGUAAGCAAUGAAGGCAAUUAUAACCAAUAUCUAUACAGUUCUAGAAAUUUCGACUAACCGGAAACACUUUCACAUUUAAAAUUUACAUUGGGCCAAUUCGUCCGUCAAAAAAGUGCCUUCAAAUUUGUUUUUACGAAAAAAAAAAUUACAAAGUAAGGGCCCUAAAUAGACACAAUGCCCAACCAAAGCGUUCUUUAAGACACACUUUGCCGGAUGUACUUUUUCUCGGUUUGAUUAAGAGACACCCGAUAUCAUAAUUCAUAAGGUUAUUUCAUAAAUAUUAUAUUGUUAUGCUAAGAAGCUAAGCCGAGCUGUCCUGAGCUUUGGUAAAGCUACUACUAUUUGUGGUAUAUAGUAACUUUGAACUAGAAGUAGAUAAUAAUAUAACAUACAGAUCGAUGGUUUUAGUUACACCCAUGUUACAGUUUACGUUAACUGUUAUUGUUAUUCGUUAAACUCUAAGGAUAGAAGUGGGAACAAAUUUUGAAGCUUAAGUAGAAAGAAAACUAUACCGAUGCUUAAAACAAGUAUAGAUAAUGAGGCACAGAAAUCUCAGGCAAUAACACUAUAAUGUGCCCGAAACUGCAACACAACACAAUUUAAACGGCCUAUUGCUUUUCGAAAAUUUCCGUAUGGUAUAGCUUUCAACAAAAAAAGUGCAAUAUUUCGAAAUUUGUUCCCGAAUUUAUUCCAUAAAGCCCUAUUAAGUUUAUUUUCAGUCACCAGAUGACUUCUGUCUUCCUCGUUCCAACUCGACAACGAUUCCUAUGACAAUCGUCAAAUAUAACCACUGGAUUUUAAGGAUUUUGGCAUCAAAAUUUCCGGAAAUAUGGCAAAAAUGCCGUAUGGAUAUAUUAAUAAAAGAAAUGUACCACUCCUUUGGCUAUUAAUCACCAUUGAAUUUAGAUUAAAAUUAUUGUUAACUCAAGAUCUGUUUGUCUGUGGAACGCUCUACGAAGCCGUGCUGAUUAUAAUGGCGUUUUUGAUGUAUUGUGUUAAUGUAAUUUGUUAAGUUAUGGUUUUGUAGUUACCUUCCGUUGUUAAUGGAGGUUGUGCCGUGGAAAUGGGUCUAUUCACUAUUACAAGCGUUUUUCCAUGUUGCAACCUCCAUGGUGCGGACUUCGAAAGCUUGCUCGUCAUAAUGUCAGUGAUCGGGAAUCAUUCUUCUCUUAUCCAGAAGUAUAACAAUUGGUAUAUUAUCCAUGUACAGAAAUGGUAGUUAUUGUAAUAAAAUAUUAGUGUAAGAUGUGCUAUUGUAACAUAAGAGAAGAGUGAUGAUCAAGAAAGCGAUGAGCGUGGACGAGGUCUGUGGUUAGAUCAAUUGUUACUAAUGUUAAUUUGGAGGCAAUGAAUGAGCGGACAACUUGAGUUAUAAAAAAAUUUGGUAAAAGCAGUGGUUAGUUGUCGAGUGCGUUAGGUCAUAGUCGCUGGUGCUUUUGACCACCGCCACAGCCACAGGCUCCGAUAAAUCAGUAACUAUUAAGGUUAGGCAUCGCGUAAACGAUAGAGAAUCGAAAUAAGAUUGUAUAUUUAGUACAAAAAAACGUGAAAAUCGAGAUAGCUCAAAAUUUAUUUCGUUUCGCGCUUCCCGACGGCGGCCCAAAAGUUUAUAUGUGUAAGAAUUUAAAGUAUUUUUAUAUUUAUAUUGGUGUGAAUCAAAAUUUGGUAUGGACAAAAAUUAUUGUAGAGUUUUUAGGUUUAUAAAUUUAAGGAAAUUAACGUUUAGGAAUUUUUAAAUAAAUUUGUAUAUAAAAAUUUAUAUAUAAUAUAUAGUUGGCCGUUGGCGGGAUCCGCGCCUUUGGGAAGUGUGUGAAUGAGGCGUGGCGACGCAUACUAUUAUACUAUAUACGUACAAAGUACUCAUAGGUGUGCGAGCAGCACCUUCCAAACGUUGCUUUUGUUUUAUUUAGCGUGUGCAGUAUCCAUGUUACAUUAGACAAUUUUACUAUUUGGUGUACAGCAAUUGUUUCGACUUCCAGCAAGCUAUCGCUUAGUCUGGUCGAUCGAGAUAUUGUGACUGUGUUUUCAUUGA